AUGCGUACCCCCAGCCUCGUCUGCGCCCUCUUCGCCACCGUCACUGUCGUCAGCGGCGCUCCCUUCCCCGCCUCAGGCAGCUAUAGCUCGGACGUCUUCACCGUCUCCAAGCCGAACUCACCGUCCCAACCCGGUCAAGACCCCACCGUCGGGCAUGCUCAUCCCCGUAUUGGCAUCAAGGAGAUCCGCGAUGCUCUCCCGGACCAUCAGCCUCAGGCAUGGACGGGCCGCACUAUCGCCCCGAGGGCUCUCGAUGCGCAUACCAUUGGCGGGAACGCGUACUCGGGCACGACGCACGACGUCGGCGGCGGCUCCGUAACAAACGAUGUCAAGAGCUUCGAGGUCAUCAAGCGGACAGACGAUGACGGCACUCUCGGCGGCAACGCGUACACUGGGAGCAGCGGAGACGUCAACGGUGGCGACGUCGUGAACCAGGGGAGCAACUUCGGCAUGCCCACGAUAAUGAACAUGAACUCAAACAACGCUGGCAACGGCGGAGGCUCCCAGUCGGGUUGCGCCUCAGGAGGCCAUGGGAACGACGGUCGCGGUGCAGGCGGAAACGCCUACUCCGGAUCGUCGGGCAAUGCGAUCGGCGGCAGCGUCUAUAACUCGGGUGCCGUGAUGAACAUGGAUUCCAACAACGGCGGUAACGCCGGUCAAUCGGGGAGUGGGUGCGCUACUGGAGGCGAUGUAUCCGACACACCUCAGUAG